AUGGAGAGGCACGUGGCCAGGGGACCACUGUAUAAGCACUUCGAUUUGGAGAGGAAGAACGCCAAGCAGGCUGAAGCCAGACUCAGCCAAAGAGUGCAGAGACUAGAGGAUGUCUGCCUCUACCAUAUGAAAUUGCUGACCAGGGAGCAGAGACAGCUCCAGAAAGAACUGCAGAGAUUGAAGCAAGAAAUCAUCAAGAAAAGAUUCUCCUCUUGUUUUGGGAUUGGAAUUCAGAAGAGACCAGAAGAUGUUCCCGUGUUCUCACCACAGGGAGAGCAGAAGCACAGAGUCCCACAGGCUAAUAAAAUCAGAGCACUGGCAACCGAUAUGUCUCAAGAAAUACACAAAACUAAGUUCCAGAUGCCUCCUUUAUGGCACACUGGCCACAAAGAUUCCACAAGGAGAAAAGAGCAGUUGCUAUCUCAAAAUGACAGAACUGCCCAAGAGAAGCCUCAAGCCCAAGAGAAUGAUUCUGUAAAUCCACCUAAGGGCAUAGACUCCAACAAGGGCAUCUCUGUUCUAUGUCAAGAUCAAGAGGUUUCCUCCGACACCACAGAACACGGCUCUGGUUCCAGCCCAGCUGGUGAUAGUGGAAUGGCACAUGUUGAUGGGACCAGAUCAACAGAUGCCAAUCUAAAGCCCAGUGGUAAUACCAGCAACCAAAUUCCCCCAAAUCCCAUGGAAUGUUCAGGAAGCUUCAAAGGCGAGUCCACAAAGCCAAGCUUCUUAGAGUUAUUUGCAAAGGCCAAACACGCCCACUAUCUCCGACAUAGGGUCCCCCCUGAGUCUGAGAGAUUGCUUAGCAUUGGGGAGAUAUUCGGGCAUGCAGAGUCUUCAUCACUCAGAGUGGAAAAGGAGUGUGGAAACGGGGCAGCUUCUCAGUUUCUUCCACUCUAA